UCUAUGGUUAUUAUCGUGGCAUAAUUUUUUGUAACUCUGAUGUGACAUGCAUUGUUCACCUGUCGUUUGAAGUUGCACUAAAGUAAACAUGAAUUUUCUUCCACUCUUUUUCAUAAGUGUAGGACUGGUGCUUCCACUGGGUCUGAACGGAAAUGUGAUAGAAUUAACAGACGCAAAUUUCGAUGAAAUUACGUCGCAAAACAAGAUUAUAGUUAAAUUUUAUGUGCCCUGGUGCGGUUACUGCCUGAAAAUCAAAAAUGACUUUAUUAGUUUGGCUACAAAAUUAAAAGAUGAGAACUCUGAGAUACAGGCGGGCGAAGUAGACUGUGACAAACAACGUCGUGCGUGUAAGGGCAUUAAAGGUCUUCCUACAUUGAGAUUCUAUCGAAAGGGAUCACCAACCCUCUACUACACAGGACCACGGACCCUGAAUUCCAUGUAUAAAUUUCUAACUACUGGCGCCUAGAGGAACAGAAAGUAAUGUAACCGUCCCGUGUCGCAUAAAACAUUUUUGUGUCUUAGGGACAGGAGUUUGCUGUUAUUUUCUGGAUAAAGGUUUGAUAUGAGCCAUUAUCUUGAGACCAUAGAUACGCAUAUAUUUAAAAAAUAAUGUUUAAAAUUUCAUUCACUGUGGGUAAGGAUGUGCUACAAAUGGCACAAUUAAAAAGUAAUUCCUG